AUGUACGUCAAAGAGAUUUAUCGUUCCACUUUCCGUGCAGAUGUAGACGCCAGUACAGGCUCAAUAGUGAAUGACGAGAGGGAUCCCCAUGCUGUUAGUUCGAUUUAUGCCAGUCGGAAGGUUUAUCUUGCUGGUUUUCCGUCGCUCCAUCCGGCGAUCACUCGAAUAACGGGACAAAGUUCUGCAAAACUGCCAUGGCAAUGA